CGAGAGAGAAGUCUGUCUGCGAGAAGUGAUCAAUUUCGACGGCAAGUUGUUUACAGCAUCCGUGAAAAUCAAAGAUUCAAAAUUUCCCAAUUUUUUACUUCGUAUAAUGAGGUUGAACUUAACACCAACAGAACCCUAACCCCCACCCCCGGGAAUCUGUACUACGAUGGUGAAGAACUGGUGGGCCUUCAAUGACGAUCAUUUUUUAUUGUUGAAAUUAAAUAUUGUUGAUGAUUCUUGGAUUGUAACUUGUGAAUGGAAUCGAAGAAGCCUGCUGUGAAGGUGCAAGAAGAGAAGCAGAAGGGACAAGAAGAUCAAAAACCGAAAGUAAUAGAAUGGGAGGAUUACGAGCAAGAGCUGGCGCGACUCUGUAGUUUGACAUCCGCACUUGAAGAAGCGAAGCGCAAGAAAAAUAAUCUUGAACAGAAACUCAAUUUCCUUAUAAAAGUAGAAACUCAAACAUUAAGCUGGACCAAUGAGCUUGAUGAAAUGCAUGAAAAAUUGGAAUCUCGUAAAUUGGUGAAGGGAAACAUGUCAAUGCAUUCAAAGGUUGUAGGGGAGAAAGUAAGAAAGCAGGAGGAGCAACUUAGUUCAGAAAUUAGAUCUUUAUUGGUUGCUGGAACUGCUCUUUCUGCUCCCAGCAAACGCAUGCAGGACUCAGAUAGGUCACCUACUGGAGAAAAAGGUUAUGUUCAUCUAAAAAACUUGCAGAAGUCAUUAAGAUUGAGACAAUGAUACAUGGUAUCACAAGUUUCACUGCUUUAUCCUGUGAAGGUUGUAAUUGGACGUGCUCCAGAGCAAGAACUUGAAUCAUUCACUAGCAGUAUCAAAUCAGGUGUUCCUCCUGGAUCAAAACCUGUUGAUCAAGGCUCUUUGACCAUCUUAAGUCUGCAUCUCACUAUGAUCCCUUUUACAAAGAUAAGUUUCUUCACUGAUAAGAAGGAGAUUCAGAGAUCUUCGACUGCCUUGGGAUAUAUAGCACACGCUGUUUCACUCAUUGCUUCUUAUUUACAAGUUCCUUUGCGUUAUCCUUUACGGCUAGGAGGUUCUCGAUCAUGUAUACGUGAUUAUGCACCUGCAAUGUCCAGUUCAGAUUCUUAUUCAAUAAGUUUGACAAGUUUGAAGCUGGUAGAAUUCCCUCUCUUUAUAGAAGGGCAAGACUUCACAAGAGCAGCCUAUGCUAUGUUCUUGUUAAAGAAGGAUUUAGAGCAGCUCCUGAAUUUUAUUGGAGUGACGAGCUUAGGGCCACGCUAUGUUCUUGCUAAUUUGAAGGAGCUUUUGAGGACCAUCCUUUCUUCAGAAUAUAUAGAGAUGUAAGUUUGAAAUGUUAGAAUUGAUUGUUAGUUUUUGUAAAUGGACUGACUGUAUUCUAAUUUCUCAUAGAGGUGCCAAUUUUUAAGCACCUUGGCAUAAAUCUUGGUCAAUUUGUUGGAUAAUUCAAAUCAUGGUUGAUAAGGACCACCACCACCACCACCACAUUAUUAUUAUUAUUUUCA